CUGACGAGGGAACAUGUUGCCUAGGAGCAGCAGCUGCAGCAGUGUGCUACACGUGGAGACAAGCUCUCUCUGUAAUAAACAGACAGGAGGAAAAAAGAAGGAUAGUCGGCCCGUUUCGGACCUGUCUCUUUUUUCCUUGUCUGACCAGACUAAUUGAGGAACAGGAGGAGAAGGAAGACAGGAAAAGGAUCAGAGGGAUUCAUGAUUUGAUUGUGACUGUGAGUCUGACCAAACUCACAGAGGUGGACUAGCGAGAGGAAGAAGAGGAGGAGGAAGAGGAGGAGGAGAGGAGUCAGGAUUUGUUUGUUUAUCUGACAAAACUCCACAAAGAGGAAGAGGAGGAGGAAGAAGAGAAAGAGCCUCUUCGUGGACCUAUAGGCUACGGUUUGACGUCCAUUUGGGACAACUGGGGAAGUGGGUUUGGACGAGAUAGUGGGUUUUGCUACCAUGUGGCAGGAGGCCUUACGGACGCGGGGGCGCUACCUUUUGGAGCGCGGGGGAGACGGGGGAGAGGGGGGAGAUGCCCUGGGGGAUGUGUUUGUAGGUUUUGGGGAGACCCCAACACAGGGACAGGUGUGUGUGGGUGUGGGGGGACAGAAGACCCAGGACUGGCUGUAUGAGUCCUACUACCGUAUGAGCCAACAACACCCUCUCAUCGUGUUCCUACUGCUCAUAGUGAUGGGAGCAUGCCUCGCUCUACUGGCCGUGUUCUUUGCCUCCGGACUGAACAUGGAGGACCACCUAGCGUUCCUGAUAACUGUGCCCACCACCCUCUUCCUCUUUCUCUCCAUCUUCAUCCUGGUCUGCAUAGAGUCCGUUUUCAACCGCAUGCUCCGGCUCUUCUCCCUUCUUAUAUGGGCCUGCCUGGUUGCCAUGGGUUACCUCUUCAUGUUCUCCGGGGGGAUCCUCUGUCCUUGGGAUCAGGUCUCCUUCUUCCUGUUCAUAGUGUUUGUGGUCUACACCAUGCUGCCGUUCUCCAUGAGAGGAGCAGUCAUAGCCAGCAUCAUCACAUGUUUAUCACACACAAUCACACUCACUGUGUGUCUGGCGUCUACUGCAGAGGCCUUGGAACCACUGGUGUGGCAGAUCCUGGCUAACAUCAUUAUCUUUACGUGUGGUAACCUGGUUGGAGCGUACCAUAAGCACCUGAUGGACCUGGCCCUCAGACAGACCUACCAGGACACCUGCAACUGCAUCAAGUCCCCCAUCAAACUGGAGUUUGAGAAACACCAGCAGGAAAGGUUACUGUUAUCCCUGCUCCCGGCCCAUAUCGCCCGUGUGAUGAAGGCAGAGAUCAUUCAGAGGUUACAGGGACCAAGGGACAGGGACUUCGGGCGGGCAGAGGGCACCAACAACUUUCACAACCUCUAUGUCCAACGACAUACCAACGUUAGUAUUCUGUAUGCAGACAUAGUAGGGUUCACUAAGCUGGCUGGUGACUGCUCACCCGGAGAACUGGUGCACAUGCUCAAUGAAUUGUUCGGCAAGUUUGACCAGAUCGCCAAGGAGAAUGAGUGUAUGCGUAUAAAGAUCCUGGGUGAUUGUUACUACUGUGUAUCAGGCCUACCAGAGUCUCUCCCCCACCAUGCAGGCAACUGUGUCAAGAUGGGACUGGACAUGUGUGAGGCCAUCAAGAAGGUGCGGGAUGCUACUGGUGUUGACAUCAAUAUGCGAGUUGGGGUGCAUUCUGGGAAUGUGCUGUGUGGUGUCAUCGGCCUUCAGAAGUGGCAAUACGACGUCUGGUCACAUGACGUCACUCUAGCCAAUCACAUGGAGGCAGGGGGCGUGCCAGGGCGUGUCCAUAUAUCCUCAGUAACAUUGGAGCAUCUGAAGGGCUCCUAUAAGGUGGAACCAGGGGAGGGACAGAGUAGAGACUUUUACCUGAAGGAACACGAAGUCAUCACUUACCUGGUCAUCAACCCCAAGGCUGAGAGGCGGAGCCCCCACCUAUGUACGCGUUCUCGUCCUACAUUGGACGGAGGGAAGAUGAGGGCAUCGGUCAGAAUGACUCGAUACCUGGAGUCGUGGGGGGCGGCCAAACCAUUUGCUAACCUGCACCAUCGAGACAGCAUGACCACUGACAAUGGCAAGAUUAACACUACAGAUGUUCCAAUGGGCCAGUAUCACUACCAGAGAAGAGAGAGGACUAAAUCUCAGAAGAGACGGUUUGAAGAGGAACUGGAAGAGAGGAUGAUCAGAACCAUCGACGGCAUCAACUCACAAAAGCAGUGGCUGAAAUCUGAGGACAUCCAGAGGAUCUCACUGUUCUUUCACAACAAGACUCUGGAGAAGGAGUAUCGAGCCACCACUCUGCCGGCCUUUAAAUACUACGUCACCUGUGCCUGUCUCAUCUUCUGCUGCAUCUUCAUAGUGCAGAUACUGGUCCUGCCCAAAACAGCAGUGUUGGGGAUCUCCUUCGGCAUGUCUUUCCUCCUUUUAGCUCUGAUCUUGGUCAUUUGUUUCUCUAGCCACAUCUUGCAGGGAGGUAAAGGAUCGUGGUGCUCUCUCCCCUGGCUCCCUACUUCCUCACGCAUCAUCAUCGCCAACAAACCCUGGCUCCGAUUGGUCAUCACCAUGACAACCACCGCUCUUAUACUGGUCAUGGCUGUGUUCAACAUGUUCUUCCUGGAGGAUGAGGUUUUGACCACACCCCCUACCAUGAACCUGACCAAUGACAGCAUGCUCAACUCCCACAGCCCUGCCCACCUCACAGAUGGAAAUAAGUUCUACUUACCUUAUUUUAUCUACUGUUGUAUCCUGGGUCUGGUGUCAUGUUCUGUGUUCCUGAGGAUCAACUACGAGCUGAAGAUGGUUGUCAUGCUAGUUGCCGUGGUGAUCUACAACAUCAUCAUCCUCCAGACGCACGCACACCUGCUGGACGGAUACAGUACUACACUCUACAGCACACGGACACUGGACAGGCCAGGCAUUCUAAAGGAUCUGAAGACGAUGGGUUCUGUUUCUCUCUUCAUCUUCUUCAUCACUCUACUGGUGUUAGCACGACAGAAUGAAUAUUACUGUAGGUUGGACUUCCUGUGGAGGGACAAGUUCAAGAGAGAGUGUGAGGAGAUUGAGACCAUGGAGAACCUCAACAGGGUUCUACUAGAGAACGUUCUACCGGCCCAUGUCGCAGAACACUUCCUAGGCCGCAACUGGAAGAACGAGGAUCUGUACCACCAGUCGUAUGAGUCAGUGUGUGUGAUGUUCGCCUCCAUCCCAGACUUUAAGGAGUUCUACACAGAGUCAGACGUCAACAAGGAGGGCCUGGAAUGUCUCAGACUCCUCAACGAGAUCAUCGCUGACUUUGACGAGCUGCUGUCCAAGCCUAAAUUCAGCGGGGUGGAGAAGAUAAAGACUAUUGGCAGCACCUACAUGGCUGCUACUGGGCUCAAUGCAACACCUGGACCUGAAUACACACAGGAACAUGACCGUCAGUACAUGCACAUUGGCACCAUGAUGGAGUUUGCCUUCGCUCUGGUCGGGAAACUAGAUGUCAUCAACAAACACUCCUUCAACGACUUCAGGCUACGAGUCGGGAUAAACCAUGGUCCGGUGAUUGCGGGGGUGAUCGGAGCUCAAAAGCCUCAGUAUGAUAUCUGGGGGAACAGUGUUAAUGUGGCCAGCAGGAUGGAGAGUACUGGGGUACUGGGAAAAAUACAGGUAACUGAGGAGACAAGUCGUAUCCUAGCAACACUGGGCUACAUGUGUUCGUGUCGAGGCAUCAUCAACGUGAAGGGGAAGGGAGAGCUCAAAACCUUCUUCGUACACACAGAGAUGACCAGAUCGCUGUCUCAAGGGACUGUGAUGCCUUGAACAUCAUACACUGAACAUUACACAUACACACACGUGAACACACUUAAACUAUACAAACAAAUGUAUCUACAUACACACAAAUAGACUUGCACGCACAUACACACACAUACGUGCAUGCACAAAUAGAGCACACACAAACAUACGAGGACUUACACACACACACACACACACACACACACACGCAGAACUGCCUGCUGUAGUAGAAUGCAUCAAACUACAGACUUUGUUUACAACAGUAACUCCAGACCACUUAAUCUGAACCAGACAGAAUGGCAGACAGACAACAUUUAGAGCAACAGACAGAACAACAGACAGACAGACGGCUGUACAUACAGUAUUACCUGCUUCGUCCCUCCUUAGCUGGACACAGUAGUGGCUGAACUUCACAGGGUAACUUUGUCCCUAGAUACUUAGGUCAGUUUUGCAUUCCCCUCUCCCCUAAUGGUUAAGGUUAGGAUGUGUUUAGGGUAAGCUGAUCCUAGAUCUGUGCGCAAGGGCAAUUUCUACCUGGAGUGGAUUUCAUUGACUGCCUGAGUGGUCAAGUGGUGCAGUGCAGAGACACAGAUAGUCAGAGCCAUCUUGGCACCAAUAGUCUUUUCACUAUUACAGUACUUUUAGUCAGAAUUCUAAUUAAAAUGUGGUGCCAACAUGAAGGAUAGUUUGCCAAACUGUAUAGCUAGCCUAUCUCUAUGGUUCUGGAGCAGAGAGCAACGUGGACCUCAAGAGCAGUCGGGGAGUCAAGAGCUACUGGACUUUUGUAAGAAAAUGAGAAAACGAUAUCAACAGGAGAAUGUUUCCAUGUUUUCAUGCCAUCAUUUUCUUACUCAUUAAAACAUUUGUAUAUAAGUGAA